CUUUCCCCCCUCCUUCUCAAUAGUCCUAUAGAACCCUAUAUAACAACAUAUCACAAAAAUGGCGGACGCUCAGAAGAAAAUGCAGGCACUCUCGGAUGAGUUCCAGCAAUUGCAGACUGAGCUCGACGGUCUUGUCGAUGCGCGCCAAAAGCUCGAAUCCCAGCAACAGGAGAACUUGGGUGUACAGAAGGAAUUCGACUCGCUUGAUGACGAGUCCAACAUCUAUAAGCUGAUCGGUCCCGUGCUGUUGAAGCAGGACAAGACUGAGGCGGUGAUGGCUGUCAAUGGACGGUUGGAGUUCAUUGAGAAGGAAAUUAAACGGAUCGAGGGACAAAUCCAGGAGAACCAGGACAAGGCGGACAAGAAGCGCACCGAGAUCGUCCAGUUCCAGACUCAGGUUCAGCAACAAGCCGCCGCUGCUUCUGCUUGAGUGGUGAAGGAUGGUAUACUGGGUUAGCCCUAGAAGAACGAUGAACGGCCCCCCACACCUUCGAGGCAUGGCAGGGACGGGUGCAUCAAGACGACGGACCUGAACGCACUCGCAUUGUCGGCGAUAAUGCGCGGGUCGAUAUCUCAGCAACACAGUUGCAUUCAACUCGGACGACGAUGUAGAGAGACGAUUGGUGAGAUUUCCAGUGUGGGACCUUAGCCAGCCUACUUUACUGGUUGAUGGAAAAAGUGUGUGGUUUUAGAUACCCUUGCAAUGGUUCAGUUUUGUGGUUUCUUGCCUCUUCCUCAAUCGAUCACCGGUGAUAAUGUCCCUAAAAGGGACAGAAAGAACCAUCAUAUUGCUUAAAGUAAUAUUAUCGGAUUCCAG